UCGACCGGAAAACCCAACGGCCAUACAAAUUGCCAACCACCCCUUUUCUCCUUUUCUCUCCUUCUGUUGCUCCAACGUUGAUGAUUCUACCUUUCCAAUUGACCCCACGGUCAAAAUCGUCAAUGAUCACAAUUUUAAGGAACGAGGCCCAUGUCACGUGUGCCCUUCUUUCCUUCCCUCCAUGCAACGCAAUCGUUCCAUUUUUGUGUACUUUCCUCCUCUAAUCUCCCUUCCAUCUACUCGCUCUCAAGAACCCAAGAAAAACCCUGUAGAACCCCUCAAACCCACCACCAGAUUAACACCCCAAGAAGAUGGGAGCCAUGGAGAACCCCAUCCCAACUCCAACUCACGGAAGAACAGGAAGAACCAAAACAAGAACAAGAAACGCCACCGCCACCUUUCUCCUGGCUUUAAUUCUUCUUCUGGUCGAGGGAGUCGUGGCGCCGCCCGGCGGCGGCGGGGAGUGGCAGCUUCUCCAUGCGAGCAUCGGCAUCUCGGCGAUGCACAUGCAGCUGCUCCCCGGCAACAAGGUGGUGAUGUUCGACCGCACCGACUUCGGCCCCUCCAACAUCUCCCUCCCCGCUGGUCGCUGCCGCUCCGACCCCGCCGACCUCGUCCUCCCCCUCGACUGCACCGCCCAUUCCGUCCUCCUCGACCUCCCCUCCACCGCCCUCCGCCCCCUCACCAUCCUCUCCGACACCUGGUGCUCCUCCGGCGCCCUCCUCCCAAACGGCUCCCUCCUCCAGUCCGGCGGCUUCAACGACGGCGACCACUCCAUCCGCCUCUUUGAUUCCGUCUCCAGCGAUCCCACCGCCGACUGGCAAGAGCUCCCCUCCUACCUCACCGUCCGUCGCUGGUACGCCUCCGACCAGCUCCUCCCCGACGGCCGCGUCCUCAUCGUAGGCGGCCGCCGCCAGUUCUCCUACGAGUUCUUCCCCCGCCAAGAAUCCGCUGGUGGCGGCGGAGCUAUCUUUCCGUUCCCAUUCUUGGAGGAGACUCGCGACGGCAACUCGGAGAACAACCUGUACCCGUUCCUCCACCUCCUUCCCGAUGGCACUCUCUUCGUCUUCGCCAACACCCGCGCCGUCAUCCUCGACGUCGCCGGCCACCAGGUCCUCCACCGCCUCCCGCCCAUCCCCGACGACGUCCCCCGCAACUACCCUAGCUCCGGUUCCUCCGUCCUCCUCCCCCUCCGCCUACCCCCCGACGGCACCACCCUCCCACGGCCCGAGAUCCUCAUCUGCGGCGGCGCCCCCCGCGGCUCCUACGAGAGCGCCCUCCGGGGCAACUUCCUCCCCGCCGCCACCACCUGCGGCCGGAUCGGCCCGGCCGACCCGAACCCGGCCUGGAACAUGGAGACUAUGCCGAUGCCCCGGGUCAUGGGGGACAUGAUCCUUCUCCCCACCGGCGACGUCCUCAUCGUCAACGGCGCCGCCGCCGGAACCGCCGGGUGGGAGCUUGCCCGCGAACCGGUCAUGAACCCGGUUCUUUACAGCCCGGGCGCCUCGGCCGAGCUCCGGUUCACGGUGCUGAACGGGUCAAACAUACCGCGGCUGUACCACUCGACCGCGCUCCUGGAUCCAUACGGACGAGUGUUGGUAGGGGGGAGUAACCCACACGUGCGGUACAACUUCACCAACGUGAAGUACCCGACGGAGCUGAGCCUGGAGGCGUUCCACCCGCCGUAUCUGGCGGCGGCGAGGCCUCGGGUGGUGGCGGUGGUGGCGGAGGUGGGGUACGGGGAGGUGGUGGCGGUGCGUUUCGAGGCGUCCGUGGGGUGGGCGGGGGCGGGCUCGGUGGAGGUGGUGGCGAUGGCGCCGGCAUUCGCGACGCACGCGGUGGGGAUGAACCAGCGUGCGGUGGUACUGCCGGUGGGGAGGGUGACGCAGGUGGGACCCUUCGCGUACGAGGCGGAGGCGGUGGCGCCGCCCUCGCCGGAGGUGGCGCCGCCGGGGUUCUAUCUCUGGUUCGUGGUUCACGCCGGGCUGCCCAGCCAGGGGGUGUGGGUCCGGAUCCGCCCCGCCCCGUGA